AUGCCACCGCCACGUCAGGCGCUCCCAACUCUCCCUCCUACUUACUGCCUCACUCUCCGUCUCCUACGACAGCACGUACCCCGCCGCCUCCCCAGCUCCCACUGCGACCUCAUCCCCUACGCGUACGAACUCGACGUCAACAAGCACCCUGGGCUCGACGACGACAACUUUCUCUUUGACCCGACCUAUGGCGAGCGCUGCGUCGGUCACUACAAUCUCUCCUUCCAGUCCAUGCCUUCAUCUCCGCCCAUUCGCGCUGACUCGCCCGCAUCUACACCGUCCUACUCGCCAUUUGCACGCUCCGCGGCUCCCCUCAUUCCACAUUUCCCUCCCCUGUACUGCGCACACGCCUGGGCUCGCUGUCACCUACCGAACCCCACCACGCGCGUGAUCCGGCCGCUGCUCAUCUCGACCUUCGAACACGUCCCAUGCGCCUGUAUCGCCCCCGUGAACGCGCGGGCAGCCAUGAGGACCUCACGAGUAUGGCGAAGCUUCAGCUCGCCACGGACAGGUGCGUGUUCGAUGUGGAUUGAACGGAUGGCGGAGGAUCGCGUAUGGAGUGCGGCGGGCGUGUUGGUGUCCGAUCCCAAGGGCUGGGACAUCAAGAUUAACUCAUACACGCUCUCGGGUGAGGGCGCGGAAGUCUCGCUGAACUAUGGGCAACCGCGCGGUCUACUGGGAGAGAACGGCCCUGGAAAGUCAACUUUCCUGCAAUCCAUCGCCGAGCGCAGCCAAGUGCGGCGGCGGUGA